CGCAAUAUCGCUGUAUCAACAGUCGAGGAAAUGUUUAAAAUGGCGUGUUCCACAAAAGGAAAACGUUACGUUCUACUCCAAGGUGAAGAUGAGUCUAAAGUAAGAGGAAACAUUAUAUGCCGCCUUACUCUGGUUGGAAGGCCCUACUUGCAAAUGUGGAUAGCUGCCGGCAUCGCAAAGAAUUUCAAAUAUAAAAGAGCUAUUGAUCUUGGAAUACUCAAACUGAUGGAAGUUGGACUUUUGGAUGCGUUGAUAGAACGUCGGCUGCCACACACAGUGCAAAACGAUAUUAAUGUCAAUAAAACGGAGGCGAUCAGAAUGGAUCAAGUUUCUUUAGUAAUUGAAGUGAUGUGCUGUGGAAUAAUAAUAGCUUUCAUUAUUCUCGUAAUCGAAAAAAUCGUGUAUGCUUAUAAACUCAAGCAGUCUUGACAACAUUUUUACGCGUUGCUUGAGAUCGAGGAUCGAUUUAUGGCAUUGAACAGGUGCGGCUGCUCAAUCUAUGAGCUUUCAAUCUAUGAGCAAUUACAAUCAGACCUGAAUAACGUUUGCACUUAAGAAGGACUUACGCUACAGAAAAACCAUUGA